CAUAAAGAUCUCCAAAUGAAUAACCGAAAGGAAGAUAUGGAAAUUGCUUCCCACUACCGUCACCUGCUGCGGGAGCUGAACGAGCAGAGGCAGCACGGGAUCCUCUGCGACGUCUGCAUCAUCGUGGAGGGCAAGAUCUUCAAGGCUCACAAAAACGUCCUCCUGGGGAGCAGCCGCUACUUCAAAACCCUCUACUGCCAGGUCCAGAAAACCUCUGACCAGGCCACAGUCACCCACCUGGACAUUGUCACCGCCCAGGGCUUUAAGGCAAUCAUUGACUUCAUGUACUCCGCGCACCUGGCGCUGACCAGCAGGAACGUCAUCGAGGUGAUGUCGGCUGCCAGCUACCUGCAGAUGACAGACAUCGUGCAGGCCUGUCACAACUUCAUCAAAGCAGCUCUGGACAUAAGCAUCAAGUCUGAUGCCUCGGAGGACCUCGUUGAUUAUGAGCUGGGAGCCCCUUCCAGCAGCAGCACGGACGCUCUGAUUUCAGCAGUGGUGGCUGGCAGGAGUAUAUCCCCCUGGUUAGCUCGGAGAACAAGCCCAGCAAAUUCCUCUGGGGACUCAGCCAUUGCCAGCUGCCACGAGGGAGGGAGUAGUUAUGGGAAAGAAGAUCAAGAACCAAAACCAGACAGCCACGAAGACAUUUCAUCCCAGUCUCUCUGGGCUAGUGACAUGGGCUAUGGGUCUUUGCGUAUCAAAGAGGAGCAGGUGUCACCGUCCCAUUACGGAGGGGGUGAGCUGCAUUCUGCCAAGGAUAGUGCAAUACAGAGUGGGUUCUCAGAGCAAGGAGUGGGGGAUGGCUGGCAGCCCACGGGCCGCAGGAAGAACAGGAAAAACAAAGAAACUGUGAGACAUAUUACACAGCAAGUGGAGGAUGACAGCAGGGCAAAUUCUCCUGUGCUGCCCCUUUUGCCUGCCUCAGGAUGGCCGUACAGCAGUCGAGACCCAAGUGCGGACGCGGCCGGGACGGAGCCCAGCAGCUCGGACAGCAGGGUGGAGCGGCCGGAGCCCUAUGGCAGCGUGGAGGAAGCGCUGCUGGCAGGGGAGUCCAGCUACAUCCACCAGCCCCUGACCCCGGAUAAGGAGGAUGCUCUCCAGGCAGCCACCGUGGCCAACCUGCGCGCGGCUCUGAUGAGCAAGAACAGCUUGCUGUCGCUGAAAGCCGACAUGCUGGGCGAGGACAGCUCGCUGCUCUUCGAGUACCUCCCCAAAGGCACGCACUCGCUCUCCCUCAACGAGUUCACAGUCAUCAGAAAGAAGUUCAAGUGCCCGUACUGCAGCUUUUCUGCCAUGCACCAGUGCAUCCUGAAGAGACACAUGCGGUCCCACACGGGAGAGAGGCCCUAUCCCUGUGAGAUCUGCGGGAAGAAGUUCACCCGCCGCGAGCACAUGAAACGCCACACCUUGGUCCACAGCAAAGAUAAAAAAUACGUCUGCAAGGUUUGCAACCGGGUGUUCAUGUCAGCAGCCAGCGUGGGGAUCAAGCACGGCUCGCGCCGGCACGGCGUCUGCGCCGACUGCUCCGGCCGCGGCAUCGCCGGCCACCUGGACCACAACGGGGGAGAAGGGUCCCCAGACGAGUGCUACCCUGGGGAAGGGCAGUACAUGGAAGACCCAGAUGACAUCAAAGUGGAAGGAGACGAGGAGAUGGGAGACGACGAUGACAUCAAGUGGAAGGAUGACGUGGGGAUGUCACAGGAUGAUGUGAUCUUAGAUGAUGACAAAGAUGUCGACUCCUCGCAGGAGCAGGACAACUCUGGGGAGAACGACAAGGAUUUUGCCUGGAUUUCUUAGGGAAUACUUUUUGUUUGUUUUUUUUGUUUGUUUGUUUUGCUCUGUUGUUUGUAGGGGGAGGGAGGGUGGGGAGGAAGGAGUAUGUUGGAAAAACUAAGUAGCCUUGUUGUCGUCCAUAUGUGCAAAAUAACCCUUGUGUUUUCUAAACAAGUCCUUCUCUGUUCCACUCAGACACUGUCUUAGCAAGGUUGCUUCCAGUGGCACGACUGACUUCGCCUUCCCCCUUUUCCCUUUCCUUUUUCCCCCUGUGACCCCCUGUCCAUGGCCACCCCUGUGGCCAAGCCAGCCAGCCUGCCCAAGAGGGAGGUGGAGCCUCUGGAGGUGUGAGGAGGCUGGUGAAGCAUGAAUCCUCCUCCCCUUCCCACUCCAAACCAAGCAUCAGGGAGGUCUUUGUGUCCAAAGCUGGUUUGUUGGUUGGUUGGUUGGGGUUUUU